AUGGCUAGAAGUAAGGUCAAGUAUUCCUACAUUCUCAAUCACACCCUGAGAAGAAACCCUUUAAGAAAGAGAAGAUUAUGUGUUGUGAAAAAACUAUAUGAACUCACCAAUCUAAGUGACGUUGAAGCAUGUCCUAUAAUCUAUAGUGAAAUUGAUUCCGAACCUUUUGUUUGGCCCUCUAUAGAUGAAGUACGGAUACUUAUCACUAAGUACCAUAUGUUUUCAAAGGCCGAACGGAGAAAAACGGAAGGUCAAUCAAAUCAAGAGACGUUCACGAGGCAGAGGCUAGGAAAGACCGAAGAGACGCUGAGAAGACAGCAAAGAGAGAACCGUCAUAACCAAACGACGUACAUCAUGUACCAAUCCAUGAUAAAUCCACAAACAGCCAUGUCAAGGCUGAAUAUGGAGGAUUUUAUAGAGUUACUGGCCAGAACCUAG